CGAAGCCCAGCCUGCCAGCAGCCAGCCCAUCCCAACACGGCAACACUCCGCACUCGUCCGCUGCCCCGCUCCCCUUCCGCACUCAGGCACUCGGCAACCGCCGCCGUCAAAACCCUAAAUCCCUAGUCCAAACUCCAUUCCGCCAUUCACGUUCGCACAUUCCCGUCCGUCUCAGUUGCUAGUUCUCAGAUCUGAGACUGAGAGUGCUCGACCUCAGACCUCUCCCAAAUCCCAUUCGCCAACUCACCGCGCCGCCGCCGCCGCCGCUUCGGUCUGUCCACACCGCCCCUUCCGGCCUCAUUGUCGGCCGUCCGCCGAGGUCGCCAUCCACGCCGCCCCUUCCGGCCUCGUCAUCGGCCGUCCAUUCGAGCUCUCGGUGCUCUCGCGCUCAUCGUCUUCUGCAGCCACGGCCACCUCUACGAGUACAUCAACAACAGCAUAAGGCAAGAUGGCGAUGGCCACAUCAUCGUCAUUCCCUCCACCUCCUCCAUAUUACCGACUGUACAAGGAUUACGAGCAGGACCCCUCAUCCGCACCAGAACCUCCACCACCAAUUGAUGGGCCAUACCCACUCUUUGGUGCUCCCUACACAACAGAUGUGGUGCUGCCAAGCUUGGAGGAUCAAGGUGUUCGUCAGCUUUAUCCAAAGGGCCCGAAUAUUGACUUCAAAAAGGAGCUAAGGACCCUCAACAGAGAGCUUCAACUCCAUAUUUUGGAGCUGGCAGAUAUUUUAGUGGAGAGACCAUCUCAGUAUGCUCGCAGGGUAGAAGAUAUUUCACUCAUUUUCAAGAACUUACAUCAUCUUCUUAACUCCCUACGACCUCAUCAGGCAAGAGCCACAUUAAUUCACAUGCUUGAGAACCAAAUACAGCGCCGCAAGCAAGCAAUUGAAGACAUAAAACAGAGGAGGGAGGAGGCACAAAAGCUACUUGAGGAAUCACUGGUUGUCUUAGAUGGAAGCCAAACUAGUUAGGUUGGCUUCAAGCAACUCGAAGCCGGUGGUUAUCCUGUUCCCUGGUGCCAAGUUGGCAGGCUCAGGACGUACUACGAGUUGGAGACUGUAGUAGUUUGCUUGUAGAAAUAGCCUCGAGCUGGUGUUGAGAUAUUUCUGGCUUGCCGUAUCUGUUGUGGCUUGUGGACUUGCGGUAUUUCCAGCUUUGAACACUGAAUCUGUUCCAGACUUGGAUGAUGAAAACUAACGAACUCCAUUACUCCAGCUACUUGAUGCUUAACUGCCAUGUUUCUGUUUUCUUC